GACUACUACAGUCUUCAUGAACACUAAUAUGAAGCCAUUGAUUACGCUGUCGAUCUUAGUCCUUGUGGCAGUGGCGGUAAACGCCGAGGCCAAGGAGAAGAAAGCAGUAGAAGCUGACAAGAAGCAGGCAAAGCGUGGAUUACUUAGUUUGGGAUACGGCUACGGCGGUGACUUCGAUAAUGGUUAUCACGUAGGGCAAGGCGGACAUGGAAUUGCAGGCGGAUAUGCCUUAGGACUCGGUGCAAUCGAUUUAGGUCACAGCACUGCUGUAGAGAAAACCGUCACAUGGUACAAAGGCGUACCGGUUCCAUACCCAGUAGAAAAACACAUUCCAGUUCCAGUAACCAAACAUGUACCCUAUCCAGUAAAAGUUUUAGUACCACAACCUUACCCCGUAGAGAGACCAGUGGCUUACCCAGUUAAAGUACCAGUAAAAGUACCUGUACCAGUUCCUCAGCCCUACCCCGUUGAAAAAAUUAUCCACGUUCCUGUUAAGGUACCAGUAGACAGGCCCUAUCCUGUUAAGGUUUUGGUACCUCAGCCUUACCCAGUUGAGAAACAUGUUCCAUAUCCAGUUAAAGUACCAGUACCCCAACCUUACCCAGUUGAAAAGCCCGUUCCUGUACCUGUGAAAGUACCAGUUCAUGUGCCACAACCCUACCCAGUAUACAAACAAGUACCAUACCCAGUAAAAGUACCAGUCGACAGACCUUACCCAGUACAUGUUCCUCAACCUUACCCAGUACAUGUCAUCAAGAACGUACCUGUUCCUGUCGAAAAGCCAGUACCUUAUCCAGUUAAAGUAGCUGUAGACAGACCCUACCCAGUACCUGUAGAUAGACCUUACCCCGUCCACGUAAAGGUUCCAUACCCCGCCCCAUACCCCGUCGAAAAAGCAGUACCAUAUCCAGUUGAGAGACCUGUACCAUAUCCAGUUAAAAUUGCUGUUGACAGACCAGUCCCUGUACCAGUAGCAAAACCAGUUCCAGUAUCAGUAGAGAAACCAGUCCCAUAUUACGUCAAAGUUCCUGUACCGGUACCAGUCCAUGGUCAUGAAUAUGGUGGUCACGAAAGUUAUGACAGCUAUGGAAGUUAUGGCGGUUAUGGCCACAAAUAGAUGAAUUUUCGGUGAUCCACACUAUGUGUGUCUUCUUGUAUCUCUUCGAAACUAUUUAUAUUUUUCCUAUGUUAACUGUUCUUAAUAAAUUCUGUUAUAUUUUUUUAAAGAUA